AUGAGUAAUGAACCACUUAGCGAAGGAGAACUUACCAAAAAAUACCCCAAACGAGAAGAAUUAUUGAAAGCCUUAGGAAUAAAUAUCUUAAGAGGUCAUUCAAACUCUCUCGCAAGUAAUAUCACAAUACCGGAGCUAGAGAAUUGCCAUGAAUGUAAUGAAGAAAUUUUGUUAAAUCUACCCAAAGCAUUUACCACGCUCGACGUAGAUAUGUCAGAGGCAGUGGAAGAUGAAGGUGAAGAAACCUCUAAUCUAACAGGGGCAGUAAGUAAGUUAUCCGUAGAUGGUGGUAAAGCUAUCCCACAAAGUGAAACAAAAUCUAUGGAACCUGAUAAAGUACAAGGUUUAAUAAAAGAACUAUCUAUGCCAACGCAGUUCGCAUCCCCAAGUUGA